AUCUCAAAGUUAUGAUAUGUUCCAAUAUGUUUUCAAAAAAGUUACCAAUUGAUUCUUAGAUUAAAUAUCUUGUUUUGGUGCACCGAAAGACUUUUUCACACCUCUAAACCCAUAUGUUGUACUUUAGACCAAAUUACAAUUAUAAAUUAUAAAUUGUAUACACAUAGACGAGCUUUGACAGCUAGAAUUAUAAAUAGGUUAGUUUGUAAACGUCUGUAUGGGACACAGGUUCUACGCGAAAAUGAGGUGGUAGAAGAAGAAACUAUCUUGAAAAUUACAAAAUGCAACAAUUAUUUGUUUGACCUUUUAAAAAUGGAACCCGAAAACCUUAAAGUAUUACCAUUGCACAAACAUCCUGAGUAUUUGAAAGCAUGCUGCGAAAUGAUAAACGAAGAGUGGCCCCGUAGUGAAACCGCAAGAAUGAUGUCCUUACAAGCGUCCUGCAAUGAACUACCUACUAGUUUAAUUUUAGUUGCGAACACAAAGUCUCUGUUGGGUCAUUGUAAAUUAACAGCCAUACCUAGCAUACCGGAGAGCUGUUUUGUAGAGACCGUUGUGAUAAGCAGAGCGAUGCGCGGGAAAAAAUUAGGAACGUUUUUAAUGAAACGCGUGGAGGAAUAUUGUAAAAGCGUUUUAAAUUUGAAAAUGAUUCAUUUGUCGACGAAAGGACAAGAAAACUUCUACGUGAAGUUGGGAUACAAAGUUUGUGCACCUAUUUCUAUAUACGGUGUACGAUUGCCGAGCCAUAGUUACAGUUCUGCUGUCAGUAUUAAAUUAGAUAAUCCAGUUGCCAUCAAUCCUAUUACUCAGACAGUACCAGGAGCUUUCCCUCCCCCGCCCCCGCCGAUGCCUAAAAUUCUUAAAAAUACGGACAACACAAUAAAAUCCAACAAAACAUACAUGUUCAAGUACUUAUAAUUGAUUUUAUUAAUUUAUAAAUUAAUAGUACAAUAAAAAUUAUUGAUUAGAA